GCAGUGCCAAAACGAGAUUACUACAACGUUCGGAAGGUUGACACGCAUAUCCAUGCAACUGCCUGCAUGAGCCAAUUCUCGCUGCUGAAGUUCAUGAGACGCAAGGCCAAAACAAAUCCUGAUGAUAUAGUAGCUGAGAAAGAUGGAAAGAAGUUGACUUUACUUGAGUUUUUUGACAGUCUCGGCCUCAAUCCUCAACAAUUGAGCGUGGAUAGUUUGGAUGUCCAUGCGGGCGAAGAAACGUUCAAUCGUUUUGACAAUUUCAACAAAAAGUACAAUCCAGCUGGUCAAGGCGCUCUUCGAAAACUUUUCUUGAAGAAAAGUAAUUACAUGGAAGGUCAAUAUUUGGCUGAACAGAUAAAAGGUGUCAUGGAUCUUCAUGAAAAAAAUAAAUAUGUCAACAGUGAAUUGAGAAUUUCUGUUCAUGGAAAAUAUCCAGACGAGUGGCAACGACUAGCACAUUGGGCCUUGCAAUACAACAUUCAGUCGCCCAAUGUUCGUUGGAUGAUUCAAGUUCCAAGGCUUUUUGACAUCUAUCGUAAAAAAGGCAACUACAAGAGCUUCGCAGAAAUGUUGCAGUUUCUUUUUGGACCAAUGUUUGAAGCAACUAUUAAUCCGAAAUCUCAUCCUGAGAUGGCCAAGUUUAUGACCCAGGUGAUUGGCUUUGACUCAGUCGAUGAUGAGAGUAUUCCGGAAUUGACUCCAUUCAAUGAAGACAGUGAAACACCAUCAAACUGGACUCAAGAGGAAAGACCAACAUAUGCUUAUUACAUUUAUUACAUGUAUUGUAACAUCAUGACUCUUAACCAUUUGAGAAGAGAGCGUGGAAUGAAUACAUUUGUUUUACGUCCUCAUUGUGGUGAGGCAGGUUCACCCAAACAUUUGGUUGCAGGAUUUAUGUUGACUCAGAAUAUUUCUCAUGGGCUCAUGUUGCGCAAGUCGCCAGCACUGCAGUACUUGUACUAUCUGACUCAAAUUGCUGUUGCCAUGUCGCCUAGCAACAAUGCCUUGUUCCUUAACUACAAUCAAAAUCCAUUCCCAGAAUUUUUUGCAAAAGGAUUGAAUGUCACAUUGUCUACUGAUGACCCAUUGAUAUUUCACUAUACCCAGCAACCGCUGAUUGAGGAAUACAGUAUUGCAGCACAAGUUUUCAAACUAACCGGAACAGAUAUAUCUGAAGUAGCCAAGAACAGUGUCUUGAUGUGUGGUUUUGAGGAUGAGCACAAACGCCACUGGCUUGGGAAAGAUUACGAUAAAGACGGCUUGGCUGGUAAUGACAUAGCCAAAAGUAAUGUUCCGGACACAAGAGUUGCAUAUCGUUAUGAAACCUUGGUUCAAGAACUCACAUAUAUUUGUAAUAUUGUGAAGAAUGCCGCUGAUGAUGAUGAUGAUGAAGAUUGAGGGACUGGUAUAUGAGGCACGCACGUUAGCAGAUUGUCAUGCACGGGAAACGAGUGUCUAGUUGAUAAU